AAAACAAAAGAACCUACAUACCUAGCGCGGGCACAUGGUGAAGACAGUGCAAUUCUAGUAUCAGUUUGUGACCAGAUUAUAAGCGCUUCUAUUUAAGGCGGCGUCGACAAAGCGCGCGAGAAAAGAAAAAUGCUGGUUUGGCGCUGCAAACCUCCUGCUGUUCCAUUCCCGCUUUCGCUUGGGACUUUUGUCAAACACUUUUCCGUCAUAGAACCAAAAGCAUUUCCUCUUCACAGAAUCAAGGCAAAAUCGCUAACUACCGCCGCCGCCAUUGGAACUCAUAAUUUUUCUUGUUUCGAUUCCUUCAGUUGCCGCCAAAAAAAACAAAUCCGCCUGUAUGUUGAUACUCUUCUUCAGUGGAACCAGAAAAUGAACCUGACUGCGGUUACUGAUGUGGAUGAAGUAAUGGAGAGGCAUAUUGAGGAUUCACUUGCAAUACUACCACCUAUACAGGACUCUUAUGUUUCACACUGCAAUGCUUCAAUUGACAGUAUCAAGCUUGUUGAUGUUGGUACCGGUGCCGGUCUUCCUGGAUUGGUUUUGGCUAUUGCUUGUCCUGCAUGGAAAGUAACGCUUUUGGAGUCGAUGAACAAGCGAUGUGAUUUCUUGGAACAUGCAAUUAGUGUUACUGGUUUGUCAAAUGUUGAAGUUGUGAGGGGAAGAGCAGAGAAUUUAGGGCAGAAUGUUUCCUUCAGAGAGAAAUUUGAUGUUGCAGUAGCCAGAGCAGUGGCAGAAAUGAGAAUUUUAGCGGAGUAUUGUCUUCCUUUGGUUCGCGUUGGUGGGUUGUUCAUAGCUGCAAAAGGCCAUGAUCCUCAGGAGGAAGUAAGAAAUGCAGAAAGGUCACUCAAAUUGAUGGGCUCAUCAACAUUGCAACUGUGCUCAGUUGAAUCACGCAGCCCAUAUGGACAGAGAACUGCCAUCAUAUGUUCAAAAGAUCGUCCCACACCAAGGAAAUACCCUCGUGAUCCGGGUACCCCAGCAAAAUUACCACUGUGAUGCCCAUUCUAUUUUGCUUCUUGCAUUCCACACACACUGCAUAUGUGGUAACCUGUACUUUCAGAUGAUCUUUUCUGCUAUUUCAAUAAGUAGGCAGCAGUGUUGUAGUAGCUCGAUAUUUGAUAAGUGAAGCAAUUUGUGCUCAUUAAACAAUGUUCAUUCAAUUAUUUAAUUAAUCCUUUGAUAUGUAUAUAUGACAAGUUGUACUUCUGCUUGAUAUUGUACAAUGUUUAUUUAAGGCAUUGACUAAAGCUUGUAAUAUUUGCUCAUAUGAACAGAGUAACUUGGCUUUCA